AUGGAUAGACUGGACGAGCUUGUCAUGGACUCACAGAACAAAGAAAAUGAACGACAAGAGCUGGAAAAACGCCUUUCCGAGAAAGAAAACGCCCUGCAAGAACUCCAGAAAAACUUGCUCAAAGCUAAUCACGAGCUAAGACGACUCCAGGAUGAAAUGGAAAACAAUAAAGCGAUGGCCUUUUUGCCCAAGGAGGAGUUGGUGCACCUGCAGGAGCAAUCAAAGGAGCAGAAGAAAUCAAAAGAACUCGCCGAGCAGUUAAAAGAAAAGCUUGCAAAAGCUCAAGAGUCGUUGAAGAGCGCUCACGGGGCAGAGUCAGCUGCGAGAAAAGCGAAGCGAGAAAAAGAAGAGGAAUCGAACCGCAUCUGCAAGGAGCUUGAGGAUUUGAAACAAUCCCAUGAGAGGCAAAAAGGCGACCUCAAAUCGCGAGACAAAGAAAUUGCAGCGUUAAUUUCGGCAAAAGAAGACUUGCACAAACAGCUCCGAAGCUCCGCCCAAGAGAAAGAAGACGCCCAGGAGAAAAUAAAAGCCCUUGAGAGCGAAAUUGAAAGUAUUCAACAAAUGACGCUCUACGAUGACAAAGUCUGCGCGCUGGAAAAUGAGCUCAGAGAACAGCGGCGGAAAAAUCGAGAGCUCAAGAAACAGCUGGAAGCGGAAAAGAGCAAAAAUGCGGUCGUCGAUGAUGGAGUCGACAAAGAUGCAGAAAUUGAAGCGCUCAAGCGGGAAGUUCUCGAGCUUCAGUAUAGAAUGAAAGAAGAAAGUGAACGAUACGAGAGCCAGUGGGAAGACGCUGAAGCCAUGCAUCAACGACAACUGAGAGCAAUGCGAGAGGCAAUAGAAAAAGCCUCGAAUAGUGGCAAGGCAAAUGACGACUCUAUCAAGAAACUUCGCCAAGAACUCCAAAAAGAACGAGAGUCCAACCGUCAAAAGUCCGAUGAAAUAUCUGAGCUUCGAUCGAAGAAUCGCGACUUCAACCGAAAAUCAGCUGACCUCGAGAGAGUCCGCGCUGACUUGGCAUCUGCGCAAGAUAACAUCAAACAAAUGAAGCUGGAGAGCGAAGAGGAGAAGCGCAAAAAUGACCGGAUAAUAUUUAACUUGCGAGGACAUAUGUUGAAUAUUUACACCGGAAAUGUAUCUGACGAGAUGGCCAAGAUGCUCGACAUUGCGCUCGAACUAGAAAGGUCGAAGAUUCCUUGCGCCAAUUGA